GGUUGCCUGGUUCGGACCAAUAUAAAGCAGCAUUUCAUUCAUGUCGUCGAUGUUACUUCAAUCGCUCUUUUAUGUUAAACUAAUACCGUACCAUGUUCAAACCUACAGUCACCAUCACUAUCAUGUCCAGUUUAGAAAAUCACUUCCGUUUCCUGUUUGUUUUAGCCAUUCUCAUUGCCCUUGCAAACUCCCAAACUGAUAAACCCAAUCUCAGGGUGCAGUCCAACAAAAAGAUUGCUAUGUUUGUGUUUGGAGAUUCUCUUUUUGAUCCUGGGAAUAACGAUUACGUCCCUUCCAGUGGGGCCAGGGUGAAUUUCCCACCAUAUGGGGAGACAUUUUUCCAUUAUCCAACUGGAAGAGAUUGUGACGGUCGCAUUCUUCCUGAUUUUGCUGCCGCGUAUGCAGGUUUACCAUAUUGGAGAGCUUACUUAGACCCUGAUGAUGACAAUUUUACUGUUGGAGUAAACUUUGCUAGUGCUGGAGCCUGCGCUCUAAUUGAAACCAACAAUAAUUCGAUACCCUUUGAAAUACAAGUAAAAUACUUGAAGGACGUUGCAAAUUUGUUGAAGGAUCAGUUAGGCGAAACUGAAGCGAAAGAGUUGCUAGAAAGAGCUAUCUACUACUCUAGCAUUGGAGGAGUAGAUUACACUUCCUUUAUUAUUACUGCCACUAACGUUACUGAAUCAUUGGUUGAAGAUUAUGUAAAUAUUGUGAUUGGCAAUAUAACAAACCAAAUUAAGGAAAUAUAUAAUGUAGGUGGAAGGAAAUUUGCAUUUCAAAAUGUUGGACCACUCGGAUGUACGCCAGGAUCAAAAGAGUCAUUCAACACUACUACUGACUGCGCGGAGGCACUCCAGAACAUAGCAACCAUGCAUAAUAAUGCUUUAAAUGUUGUUGCCGAGAAGUUAGCCAGCGAGUUACCUGGAUUCAAAUACUUAGUAUUUGAUUUCUUCAAUGCAUUAAUGGAUAGAACACAAAACCCAACAAAAUAUGGUUUCAAGGUAGGGGAUGUAGCAUGUUGCGGCAGUGGCGCACACCGAGGAGACAGUAAUUGUGGCAGUUUAACGACAGCAUAUGAACUUUGCAGUGAUCCCAAUGAAUAUGUGUAUUUUGACGCAGGCCAUCCUACUGAAGCUUGCAACAUUCAGUUAAUUGAGUUGCUAUGGAAUGGAUCAACAGAUGUUAUCUGGCCUGUUAACAUGAGAGAACUAAUUGAACUUGAGAUUGAGACGGAGACUUAUUCUGGAAAUGAUGAUCUUUUGAUCACAGAACAAGUUCCUGCUGAUGAUGUUUCUAAAACACAACAAUAGGCAAUUUUUUUUUAAAGAAAAAAGGACAUUUGGGUGGAAUAAUAAGGUUCUUCCUCUCUUGCUAUCGGACAAACCAAUUUCUACUUAUGUUCUUUCAUAUUGUUAUCAUGGAGGAUUAGUUGUUUAAUAAACAAGGGUCAAAUCCCGCUUUGCCUGAGUUAGUUAAUAUAAUACUUGUAACAUG